UUUUUAAAAUAAAAACUAGACAGAAUUUUACUCUUUACUAUUUUAGGCUAAAGAAAAAAUUCUGCCCCUUCACCGUAAUCCAUCCCUCCAUGGAUCCGUCCCUGCAUUCUUCCAUCCAAAUUCUUCCAUAUCAUCAAAUCAAUUAUACCUUUGUAAGGGCCAUUCGCCAGUUCGCCCUCAUAUUUAUGGAAGCUUGAUCCCUCAUCGCUGCACCUUCUUUCUUCUUCCAACGAGCCAAAUAAGGGAGCCAGAGAAUUACUCUAACUUGAAGUGGAUAGCUAUAUGAUUUUGCUCUAUACAAUUCACGGGUUAUACAUGUUCACAAACGAUAAAAGGCAGGAAGAGCGUACCGGCAAAUAUGGGACUCCUAGGGUGCAAUACCUUCAGGAGCUGGUGUCUCGGUUCCAAAAUGCAUCUGAUGAAGAAACAAAAGAGCAGGUAGUGGCUAAUUUGGCAAACUUUGCGUAUGAUCCAUUCAAUUAUACUUUUUUGCGCCAGCUUAAUAUUAUAGAGCUUUUUCUGGAUUGUAUAACUGAACCUAACGCGAAGCUUGUUGAAUUUGGUAUUGGAGGAAUCUGUAAUUGCUCUGCAGAUCCAGCAAAUGCUGCGCUUGUCACUCAAAGUGGUGGGAUUCCGCUGGUCAUACAAUGCCUAUCAAGUCCUGUUCGAAACACGGUAUGUUAUGGUCUUGGUGCAUUGUAUUACCUUUGCAAUGAAUUAAACAGGGAAGAAAUCUUGAAGCCUGAAGUAGUAGAUGUGAUCAGAAGGUAUGCUGCUGCCAGCGAAGUUAGUGCAAGUUUCAGUAAUCUGGCUCAAGCUUUCUUGGAUAAGUUUGUUUCAGACCGGAUAUGAAAUGUGUGUAUAUGGUAACUAAGGUGGCCAUAUGAAAGUCUGUCUACACGUUCUGCAUGCUUAGAGUAAGGUCUUUAAACCAUAUGGGAUGUGGUUUCCUAGCUUAGAGAACGCUUUUGGCUGUAGAUCUGGAAAAACAAAAGAAUCAGCAAAGGUCAAGACCAGGCCUUUUUUUCAACUUAAUCACCACAGAUUUGUAGACCGUAGUAAUGACAACAGGGACAUAGAAGUCUCAAGGUUACGAGAAUGAGAUGCUAUAGCCUGCCGGCCUUGAAAAUCUAUGGGCGAAACAUGGGAUAAACUUUUGGUCCGUUCAGCCCUACAAGCUAGAAACAGGGAAGUUUGAGGAUAGUCAAAACUCAAAACUGGUCUCUAGUUAUGUUGCAGGCACGGGGAUUUAGAUAAGACUAUAAUUAGUUGACAAUUUCAUGUGUGUGCAGUGCGCCUGUAAAUAGAUAAAAAACCAUGCAGUUUCAUCUUUGUCUUCAAACACAGUCCUCUUUUCUUUCAUUUGUAUGUUCAGUGCCACUUCGAAUUAGGCAUGACAAAGCGCCGUGUAGAUGUGUCAAUACUCAAUACUAUUAUCCUAUCUACUUCAUUGUGUCCAUGGGGCGGGCC